AUGCGCAAACUCCUUGGUGGAGAAAACGCAAUGGAACCGGAGGAUAUUCUUCUCGACGACGAACAUAUUCAACGUCCAGUGCCUAAGGAAAGUAUGUCUGGAAAACCUUCACAACCAUAUUCAAGCCCCAAAGGUCUCCCCACUGUAGCUGCCGCACUUUAUGAGUCCGUCUCAUCACCAAUGCAACCUCAAGUCGCGAUAGUUGUUCCAUUGGCGGCAACAAAAGAACGAAUACAUAAAACAUGGGUAAACGCUCUGUCCGUCCUUCGCCGAACUACACUAAGCACCCUACCACAAGCUCAGAUUCGGCUACAUGUCCUGCUGAUGUUCCCGUCCACUAUUCUCAGCUACAACGCCAUCGUUGGUAUGCCGUAUCCGCACCUAUGUUCGGAACCAACUGAACUUCUGGAAUCGUCUGCAUACGCUGCACCUGCACCACAUUACGUUACCGAAUUUGGGAUGGAAUAUCCAUUAUCUUCUCACAUAAACAACAACACCGAAGUGAACAAAGAAGGUCGGGAAAUGAAUAGCCGACUGUCUUGCCAAAGGCAAGCAGAGAGAGAGGAGAUAUUUGGAACAGGAAGAGGUGUGUUUCUAUGGGACCGAUUACUUGGCGACGACGGUCGUCUGGCCAACGGGGCUAUGCGUGUCUCCAAGGCGAUCUCUUUAUAUUCCGGAAAUUUGCACUCUCCGAGUCAGUCCUACAUGAUCCAUGGCCACGGAUCACAGUCGCCUGUAUCUGUGGAAGAUGAUAACUCGACCGGACUUGGAGCUGCCACGAGAGCAUCUCCAGCUACUAUCCAAUGGUUGCUGGACAACUACGAAACUGCUGACGGGACUUCUUUGCCUCGAUGUGCACUCUACGACCAUUACAAGAAGGCCUACGUUGAGAGAGCUUGUGGUGAUCUGAGUGGUGACAAGCUAACUUAUAUCCUAACCAAACAUUUAAGGCAUUGCCACGAACACAAGUUAGAUGCCGUGAAUGCAGCCUCAUUUGGAAAACUUAUACGCUCGGUGUUCAACGGUUUGAGGACCAGACGCCUUGGAACCCGCGGAAACUCUAAAUACCAUUACUAUGGCAUACGUAUCAAGGCCGACUCACCACUUAUGCAAGCACACGUUCCAGAACGAUACUCACCACAUGAGGCCGCGCUAAAACGUCCGAACACAGCAAUGUCGAUGCAAAGCAGUAGACCAGCAAGCAGCAGUCCGGCUCCACGACAAUCACCGAAUGCUCCACCUCCGUCAGCUGCGAAUGGACAUUCACGAAACGAAGUGUCCGACACAGAUAGGCUCUCACUUGGGAAUGGAGAAGUACCGUUCAUUCAAACUCCACAAACUGACGGUCUUAUUGAGGCAUUACCGAAACUUGGGCUCGAACUCUCUCAUGUUGUGCUGUUCGUGAACGCAUACAACCAUAAUUGUUCUGAAGUGCUGUACUGUGUAAAACAACUGCAAUUUGAACAAAUUGAAGAGUAUUGGACAACAUUUUGGCAACCCGAAGACGAUCUCGAAGAUGAAGACAAAGCACUGGGUCAAGCUCGACUCUCACAACAACAGCUCUUCUCUCUAUGCACUCUUCCACAAAUCCAACACUGGGUCGUUUCACUGGAUUUGGCUUUCUAUCAAACUCUCGUUGACGUCUUGGUACCGGAUGUGCUUAUGAGCAGCAUGUCUCCGUUCCUGACUCAGUCGUGCCGGAAUUUUGCAAAAAACGUCGAACAUUAUCUGAAGAAGGCAAUGCAAGGAGCUCCUGAGAUCAUGCAAAAGAAGAAGAUUCAAGCUGUUAAGUAUAUGGCACAAGGAUUGAGAAGGUACACUUCACUCAAUCAUCUCGCGCAAGCUGCUCGUGCAGUACUGCAAAAACCUGAUCAAGUUACCGCUAUGUAUAACGACUAUAUUAGAGUGGACAUGCAACAGGUGCAGGAACAGGCCGGUUGGGUAAGCGGAUGCGACUCGCUCAUGGUUCAUCACAUCCAUAACGCAUUCAAAGAUAAUCUGCAGAAAAUGGCACCGAUGGAAGAAUGGGCAGAAUGGCUUGAGAGCAUUGUUGAUCAGAUCCUAGCUAAGUAUCAUGACAAGCCGGUGCAAGUGAUUUCUGAGGUUGGAAAACAGUUCCUGCUCAACUGGAGCUGCUACACCUCUAUGCUGAUCCGCGACCUGACAUUGCGAUCAGCCGGAUCCUUUGGAUCUUUCCACCUCAUUCGAUUGCUCACCGACGAGUACAUGGUUUACCUGGUUGAGUCUCGCAUCGCCAAAGCAGCUAACAGAGCGAUGAUCACCGUGAUUAGUCAACCCACAGAUUAUCCGUUGUUUGAUGACGCCCUUCCACCCCUCCCUCAGAUGUCCCUCAGUCAACAGUAUAUCAUCCAUAGUCGGCCAUCAGAGCACAUGUACGAUCAGAAGUUUUCUUUGCAUCGUUCUGUUGAGCGAACACAGGUACCCUCAAUGGGAUCCGAAAUGCUCGAAAUUGGCAACAAGUCCAUGUUGAUCUGA